AUGUCUCUUCUAGUGAGGUAUCAGGACCACGUUGCUCUCCAUUUGUGGUUCAACGAAGAGACAGUUCCGAAGAAAGAAUUGAAGACUGCUGCACAUGGUAGCAAAUUGAUCGGAUGGGUUUCACACAGUCUCUCACCGGUGAUAGAGAGAUGGGGAGGUUUCUGUAACCGUACACAUGGUUUCACUGGUUCUGAUGCUAUUACUAUGGCUAUUGAUUUGUUGGGUGUUUCGUUGGAGGAGGAAGCUGAAGAGGUUUGUAGUUGUAGAGGUGCAUAUUCUAGGUUGGAUUGGUUGGAGGUGAUUUUUACACGUCGGCAAGAUGAGAGUAUAUUUGACUGUGCAGCUAGAGCCUAUAUGGAGUUGUUGAUAUUGUUGGGGGCAACUUCACUUGUCACACUCUACAAAUAUCUAGGAGAUGCUUCCUUUUAUACUUGCAAGCAGCUUGGGGGAUAUGCCUUUUUGCUACAGUUUUGGAUUCAUGAGUAUUUUCCAAUUGUUGGCAAGAGAGGAUUUUUUAAGAUUGUUGUUAUUGGUAGUCCAUUUCCUAGGGAGAUGAAAUGGAUGUACAAGCAAGCACACAGAAGGUUGAUGAGCUCGGGUUUGUGUUGGAUGGAUUGA